GCCGGCGCUAUCCUUGCCAUCACUUUCUUGACUUUCCAUCCCACUCCUGCGCAGCUCUGGUGCCGGCUUCCUGCUCCUUUCUCCUCCUCUGUCUUUUCCGGUUAUCAUGUCGGAGUACAACGCGGUGCCACCGCCCGGCUCCGGUGCCCCUCUCGCCGGACAGGCAGCUCUUGGGAACGGAGCGGGGGGCGUCAAGAAGGAUGCGUUUGCGGACGCGGUGCAGCGGGCCCGGCAGAUUGCAGCUAAGAUCGGGGGUGACGCUGGUCCUCCUGUGAGCAACAGCACUGCUUCAGACAGUUUUCCUUUCACUGCGCAGAAACGACAGCUGGAGGACACAAACACUGAUGAACCAGAGAGUAAGAAGCUGGCUGCUCAGAGUGACUUGGAGUCAGCCAAAGCGCUGUCUAUUGGUGCACAGCUAGCCGCUCUUGCACAGCAAAGACCCACAUCCACCACAGAGGAGUACAGUGUUCCAGACAGUAUGGUGGGACUCAUUAUUGGCCGUGGAGGUGAACAGAUCAAUAAGAUUCAGCAGGAGUCAGGGUGCAAGGUUCAAAUAGCUCCAGACAGCGGAGGCCUUCCCGAGAGAAACGUCUCUCUCACAGGGUCCCAAGACUCCAUACAGAAAGCCAAGAGGCUGCUGAAUGAGAUAGUGUCUCGAGGAAGGGGGACACCUCCCCUUUCUUCUUACCAUGACUCCAGCAACGGGCAGAACGGCGCAGUUCAUGAGAUGAUGAUCCCAGCUGGCAAGGCUGGUCUUGUCAUUGGCAAGGGAGGAGAGACCAUCAAACAGCUCCAGGAGCGAGCAGGGGUUAAGAUGAUCCUAAUCCAGGAUGCCUCUCAGGGACCCAACGUUGACAAGCCUCUGCGCAUUAUUGGAGAUCCAUACAAAGUCCAGCAAGCCCAGGAGAUGGUGCAGGAGAUUUUGAGGGACAGAGACCAGGGAGGCUAUAGCGAAAGAAAUGAAUUCAGCUCCCGGAUGGGAGGCGGCAUGGAUAUCCCAGUACCACGACACUCGGUGGGCGUGGUCAUCGGACGCAAUGGCGAGAUGAUCAAGAAAAUUCAGAAUGAUGCUGGAGUCAGGAUACAGUUCAAACAAGAUGAUGGGACCAGUCCGGAUAAGAUUGCACACAUCAGCGGUCCGCCUGAACGCUGCGAGCACGCGGCUCAGAUCAUCAACGACCUGCUGCAGAGCAUCAGGGUCAGGGAGGAGGGACAGGGGGGUCCCCCAGGUCCUCCAGGAAUGCCUGCAGGCAACAGGGGGCGAGGCGGGGGACAAGGCGGUUGGGGUCCCCCUGGAGGGGAAAUGACCUUCUCUAUUCCUGCCCAAAAGUGCGGGCUCGUGAUCGGCAGAGGAGGAGAGAACGUCAAGUCCAUCAACCAGCAGACGGGAGCUUUUGUGGAAAUCUCUCGGCAGCCGCCCCCCAAUGGAGACCCCAACUUUAAGCUGUUUAUCAUUCGUGGGUCCCCACAGCAGAUCGACCACGCCAAGCAGCUCAUUGAAGAGAAGAUUGAGGGUCCUCUGUGUCCUGUGGGCCCGGGGGCAGCUGGGCCAGGUCCUGCUGGGCCGAUGGUUCCUUACAACCCCAGUCCAUACAACCCCGGACCUCCUGGGGCUCCUGGACCACCACAUGGUGGUCCUCCAGGUCCUCCCCAGUACAGCUCUCAGGGCUGGAGCAACACCUACCAGCAGUGGCAGCCCCAGCCCCCACAUGACCCCAGCAAGGCAGCAGCCAAUGAUCCCAACGCAGCCUGGGCGGCCUACUAUGCUCAGUACUACCAGCAGCCAUCGGGGGCUGCACCAGCCCCGUACCCUGCAAACCCAGCCGGAGGUUCCCAAACUGCAGGCGACCAGACCCAGCCUGCACAGACACCAGGGGGCCAGCCAGACUACACCAAGGCCUGGGAGGAAUACUACAAGAAGAUGGCCCAGGCAGGCGGCUCUGUACCCAGUACACCAGCUGCAGCUCCAGCAGCAGCAGCAGCAGCAGGAGCAGGAGGAGGAGUAGGGGCAGCAUCUACAACAGGCGGUCAGCCGGACUACAGUGCAGCCUGGGCAGAGUACUACAGGCAGCAGGCUGCGUACUACGGACAAACAGGACAGCAGGCCCCCGGCCAGCCAGCCAAUCCCCAGCAGGGACAGAUGCAGUGAGAGUUCAUCAGAAGGUGUCUGAUGCUUGAGAGUGUCAAGAAGACGGGAUAAAGAAGAGGGCGCUUAAGUCUUAGGCCAGGAUCGAUCCCUUUAUUUAUAUAUAUUGUAUUUCUUUGCAACUAGAAGUGAAACCCUUCCCCAUCAUCUGGAUACUUUUUGAUAAUAAUGUGAACUGAACAAAUGCUCUUGUGUUUUGCUCCUGAGGGGAGGGAAAAGACUGAUUAAUACGAUCAUUUCGCAGAGCUUCUCAAUGCCUCAGCGUAGAUUUAAAUACCCAUGGGAGCCUUGGAACGCUUAUUUCAUUAACAGAGUUGCCAGUGCAUCUAAGUCGUCUUUUUUGCAUUAUCUUGUAGCCCCAUUUUAAGGUACUCACCUUCAUAUCUCAGUGUUGUAUUAACUGAAUUGCACAGUGCUUUUAGUACUAUAAUCAUAUUAUAUAUAUAUAUGAGAAAUAUUAGAGAAAUACCUUUUAAGGCCUGUUUGAUUUACUCACAUUGUUUUUUGCUCCCUCUACAGAGGCUUGUGAGCUGUUUUGACACGUGUAUAUCUGAGUGAAUGCGUUCCUAUCCAGUGUGACUGUGUUCAGUUUAGGUUUAUGCAUUUGGGAUGACUUAGUGAGACUAACAGCUUCAGUCGGCUUCUGCUGGUAAAAAGAAGUCCUGAGCUGUGUGUAAUGAUCUUCAAGAGUCCUCUUAAGAUUCAGAAGCAAGAGAGAUGAAUGUGAAUAAAGUGGUGUGGGUGGCUUAAGUUGAAUUUCCUCAGUUCAUUUUAAAAUGCUGCUUAGACUCCCAGACUUUGCCUCUUUAAAUGUCCGUCUUGUUAACAGUUUUGUUCCACCUGAGAGCUUUUGUUUUGGGUUAGAAAAACACCGGCUUACUGUGGACUGACGGCCUAAAUGGAAAGCAGGGGGGACGCUUUUCAGAUCUGGCCGGCUUGCUGUGAACAAUCAUUGUUAUUUAAUAUCAUUUGGAAAGUUCAGAAGCUAAAGGGAAUUCACCUCAGUAGAACAACAGUGUAUGGUGACUUUAAAGUGUAGUUAUAUUCUUGUGUGGAUUGUACUACAGCAAUUUCUCUCAAUUUAUUGCAUUUUAUGCAGACUCAAGGUUGCAUGUUAUCGUCCAUUGUUUUGUUUUGUUUUAUAUGAAGACUGACAUCUUUUGCCCUUCCACUCUCGUUAUGUGCAAAAGUUUGAAAUCUUCCAGUGUGUCCUGCUAUAACAUAUAUUGUAUAUACACAUACUGUAUAUUCAGCAAUAUAAAGAUGUUGGUUUUCACUUCCAGAGAUGUAUCAGGUAUGAUUCUUGUAUUCUGAAUGGCAGCUGAGAGUCUUGCCUUUGGGUUGAUAUUGUUAAUAACAGAUGAU